UUCUUAAAGCGGUGAUCAGAUGAAAAUUGCUACUACGACUUAGAAAACAGAGAAAGAGCAGCCAAGAAUCUGAGAUUACACACUUUCCGUGUGAAUUAAUUUGUAACUUGGACCUGUAUUAUUUUGUUUAGUUACCCCAGUUCAGUGUGCGUUUGCUGAAAUCACUACAACAACUCAGCCGGCUAAAUAUUUGGUUCUCGCUGGGUGGGUAUUAUCCCCAUUCCCCAGCUAGUUAGCUGGCUAGCUAAAGGUGCUAGGUUAGCUAGCUAGUUAGCUAGCUCCCUAACGUGAACUGCCGCUGCUCGGCCGUUAGCAACCAGCGCUCCACGCAGCAUUUAAACUGAGAGCAGACUGAUUGUUGGGCUGGACACUGUGGCUCUGUGUCUUAAAUCAGUCAUGGAGAACGAUGCUUGUGUUGAGCAGAAGAAUGGUGAUGCUGCUGUAGACCAAGUUAAACAACAGCCAGCAGCCACAGCUCCUUACAGAUACACCAAGGAGGAACUCCUGGAAAUAAAAGAGCUGCCGGUCUCCAAUGAAAGGCCAGACUGUUUAUCCGAGAAGUAUGACAGUGAUGGUGUCUGGGACCCUGAGAAAUGGCACGCCUCACUGUACCCCAGUUCAGAGCGAAGCUCUCCUGUGGAAGGUUUUAAGAAGGACUAUGUGGAUGACAGAGUUCCUUUGAAGCGAAGAAUCCCAGAUCCUCGUGAACGUUUAAAGGAGGAUGAUCUGGAUGUUGUACUGAGCCCACAGCGACGCAGCUUUGGAGGUGGAUGUCAAGGCAACGCCGCACUUGCACCCCACGCCCGUCGCCCAAUCAGCCCCCUGGAAAAUAAGGAGAAUGAGACUCUCCGCCUAGGAGGGGCACGCAGAAUCGGCAGUGGGCGCAUAAUUGCUGCCCGAGCCUUUGAGAGAGAAGCCCGUGCAGAGAAAGAGAGGGAAAGAGAGAGAGACUUUAAAGAUAAAAGAUUCAGGAGGGAUUUCGGUGACAAACGUGUGUUUAGUGAAAGAAGAAGGAAUGACUCUUAUGCAGAGGAGGAGCCAGAGUGGUUCUCUGGGGGUCCCACCAGCCAGUCUGAGACCAUUGAGCUCAUUGGAUUCGACGACAAAAUCCUGGAGGAUGAUAAGCGCAGGUCCAAGCGGUCAAGGAAACGGGCAGAGUCCAUAAAAGAAGUGGAAUGUAAUGGUGGACAGGCAGAGGAGCAAGAUGUGGGUUUGCAGUCUACUGCUGAUCAAGAGGUCCCCCACCCUGAUGUCCUGCCUGAGCAAUCGACUGGAGACUUUGACUUCAACGAAUUCUUCAAUCUGGAGAAGACGAUGCCCGGCCUGGCCUCUAUGAUAGAGGACGUUUUGGGAGAGGGCCCUGUAUCGGCUAGCCGCUUCAGUCAGUGGUUUUCCAGUAACGUGAGCCCCUCAGGCAGCCGGUCCAGCAGUCUGAGGUCCACUCCCCAUGAGGAGCUGGAAAAACUUGCAGGGCUCGAGCCACACAGCACGUCCUCCAGCCAAGCCCCCGCCUCAUACUUCACACCUAUUCAAACAUCGGAGUGCAAGGAGAAGGUGGACAUCCUGGAGCUGCUGCACAAGGCCAAAAUAGACCUGAAGCCUCUUCUCUCCACCCUGUCAGUCAACAAGGCUCGGCUACGGGAAAGUACUAACUGUGGAGCGGUGCUGUCACUGGAGGAAGUGGAGGGAGGGAUGAAAGGGAUGAAGUUGAGCUCAGAACCUCAGGUGCGAAAGAUGCCUCCGCCACAGAGAGGAAAUGGCACGCCCUUCAUGGCGCAACAUUUGGAGGAGGCUUUAACGGGUGGCUCCAGCAGCCGUCCACACUCUCGUGACACAGACAUGUCAGCCUUUAAUAAACUGGUCAGCAGCAUGAAGGCAAGUGGAACUCUGCCAACUCACCCCAAAACCAACACAAACAUUCAACCCUCAGACCCAGCUGUGGUGACAAUGUCUGAAGCUCAGGUGCCUCCUCAGCAACAGAAAAACAUAUUUCAGGAGCUUUUGGGGGGUCCUGCUCGUAGCAGCUCUCCCACACUACUUGGCAAUCUGUUGGGCAGCUCUGAGGGCCCAGCAACCUCGGCCCCUUUGCAUGGCCUACUACACAAGGGCCCGUCGCCCCCCCUCUUUCCACAGAGGGCACCCUCGCCCGACUACUUCAGCAGUCGGUUGCAACCUUCAGCAGGUUUUCCUGUUGGUCAUCAGCCCCUGCUGCCAGAACAGUUUGGUGAUGCACACAGGUCAAUCAGCCCUGGAUCUGCUGCACAGCAACAGAUGAGAGCGCUCUCUAUGCCAGUGAAUCACGCGGACCUGGAGGCUCUGGCGUUCCAGCAGGACCUCGCUCUACAUGCACACCACUCAUUCCAGUCCGGCUACAAGCCGCCACAGGACAAGUCUUUUAGAAAUAGACUGCAGCGUGUUAAUCGCUCCCCUGGUCCAGGCCCUCAGCCUGCUGGAAGAAACUCUCCAGGCAACGCUGUCACCAGCAUGCUGUCACCGUCAUUUACACCCACAUCUGUGAUCCGUAAAAUGUACGCGACAAAAGAGAAAAGCAGAGAUGAGCCAUCGAGUCGUUCGGAGAACAAGGAGGAGGCAGCAGGACACUCUCAAGAUGACAGCAGCUCCCCAAAUUUAUACCUGGAGGCCAUUGAGGGGAAUGCUGCCCAGUCUGGGGGAGUAAAGGCCAGCUCGCAGACCUUGUCAAGCAAGGACCAGGAGCGUCUCAGGCCUGGCUCUGCUGGACACCAUACACCCAACAUGGUACCUCCAGGACCCUCCUCAUCUUUCCCCCGUCCCAUCUAUCCAGUACCGCUGCUAUCCCAUGUACCUAUGGUGCGUCCUCCUCCCCAGCUCCACCCCAAUGUGGUUCAGAGAAUGCUAGCGCAGGGUAUCCAGCCGCAGCAGCUUGGACCCGCUCUUGUGCAAGCAGGUAUAUUUCCACAACACAUGGACCUUGCCCAACUUCAAGGUUUGCCUCCUGCCCUGCUUGGACAACCGCUGUACCCUCUAAGUGCAACAGGGCAUCCACUUCUACCUCCCAGAGCCAACACUCAGAUGCAGUUAGCAGUAAUGCAGCAGCAACUUCAGCAACAAAGACCAAUGCAUCCAGGGAUCCCAGGCCCUCAGUCACAGAGCCAAGGCCCUCACCGGACAAACGGCUCCCAGCAGCACGGGGGCAGCCCCCCUCUAGGCCUCGCCAAGUGGUUUGGAUCAGACGUGCUAGAGCAGCCCCUUCCCUCCAUGCCAGCCAAGGUCAUAAGUGUAGAUGAAUUGGAGUUUCGGCCAUAAAGAACACUGCUGGAUAGCGAGAUUUUUUUUUUUUCCUUUUUGCCCAUCUCCACCUCCUCGUUACCAUUAAAAUGUGAACUUUAAUUUGAAAGAUGGUGCACAGGCAUGGACAGUCGAGCCAUGCUUUGUCUUGAACCUUGAAGUCACUGAUUUUUGAAGAGGCUUAUCAGCAGAAAAGGGAAGACAAAUGAUGCCGAUUUGUUUUGCCGACUGAGUGAAUUUUUUUUUCUUUUGUAUUAGGCUCUGCGCAGUAAAUAAUGUAUAGGCCCAAUUGUACAGACCAUGGGAAAGAAUCUUAUUCUCCCUGUAUAUAGCUUGUUUUUUUUUUUCUUGGAAUGAGGAAGGUGAAACUAUUCUGCGGUUAAACUGAAAACUGCGAGAGACAAAAUCACCAAGAGAUGGUAGCAUUCCUUGUCUUGUCCAACUUUAUUUUCCCCGCUGAACUGCGCUGAGAAAGGGCUGCUGCUAGUGACAAAUUGAUGAGUAACUUCAGUGUAUACUCUGCCCUUUUGUGGCAUGGUUAGUGGCCCUUUUCUGUGGAUGUGACUGGCUGGAAUAUUUCAAGACGACUCCGGGGGAUGCAGUGAGCGCUGGUUGUGCCUUUCUUUGUGUUUGUUUUUUUUUUUUUUUCUACCUUUAAACUGUAUCCUCUCCCAUCCAACCUGUCACUGAGGGGGGCAGCACUGCUCACAUUGUCAAUUUUUCGAGGGUGGUUGGGAUUCAGUUUGUUUAUGUGCUAUUAAGUUAUAAAAAGCACAAAUAGAAUUAAUAAAUAAAAUUCAGAAACACA